UGUGAAAGUGAGAAAUUUAACAAGGUAACCAGGAAACAGGACAGCCAGAGCGACGUCCAAUUCGAUGGAGCUUCAGAAGCCGUAACUUUCCUUGAAGAGAGAGAAGACUUUUGUUACACAAGCUUGUCAAGUCCAGGUUUGUUGUUGCUUGACAGAGAGCGUCACAGCAUCUUCUCUUUGCAGUGGAGGCUGAAAGGCUGUUGGUGGACAGUACAAUGAGAGAAGAGGUGUCCUGCACCAACUCCCCCGAAGGAGGUCUGGGGGCCAGCGAAGAGGAAUUGGAGAGAGGUUCGAAGAAGAAUCUUCAAGGAGAAAAUCGAAAACGUUCCCCUUUCCCCAAGAAGGACAGCCUCGGUCAGGCGGAGGAGAGCAGCACCGGCAGCCCCAACAGCGUGCUGCCAUCCGGUCCGAAGAAGGUGAAAAAAAGCCCAACGACAGUCGUGUCGUUGGCCAUCACGCCACGGCCCCCGGCUGGACCAGCCUUUGAGGACCUCCACUCUCAGCGCGUCAUCGCCAACGUGCGGGAGCGCCAACGCACUCAGUCCCUGAACGACGCCUUCUCAUCCCUACGCAAAAUCAUCCCCACGCUACCUUCGGACAAGCUGAGCAAGAUCCAGAUCCUGAAGCUGGCCUCACGCUACAUCGACUUCCUCUACCAGGUGCUGCAGAGCGACGAGAUGGACGCCAAGCUGGCCAGCUGCAACUACCUGGCCCACGAAAGACUGAGCUACGCCUUCUCCGUCUGGAGGAUGGAGGGGGCCUGGGCAAUGUCCGCCAGCCACUAGGAUCCCAUCGAUACUUCUCUCCUAAAUCCUCUCGUGUCCACAUCUCCACCCCACCGCCCGUGUCUGUGUUUGCACCCACUUCCUGACCUCUGAACCUCUGAAUUCCUCCCUUCUUGGUCUGAUCUUAACCUUUUCAUCUCAAACCUCUGCAUACAUUCCUGCUCCAUCUAUGUGCUCCCUUAUGGUUCACUCCUACUCUACAGCCAGAGUUGGAUCUUUGCAACUAAAACCUCUCACAGUUCACCCUGUUCCCCUCCAUUGCUUCCUCCUCCACUGCUCUCACUUGUCUGUCCCUUGUUAGUCCAGUGCAACAAGACGCUCCACUGCAGCCCCUCAGAAAACCGACAAAUGGAAAAUUCUCUACACUCAAAGAAGAAACGUGUUCCCGCCUCACCAGACAAUCCCCCAUUUUUUGAUCUCUUUCUCUGGACACGUGCUCGACUCAUGACACUGAGAUGUAUUCUUGCAGCUUGACUCUAACAGUUCUGUGUUUCUGAAACACCGGUGAGGAGACACGACAGUCGAGCGCUGAACAUUUUGAAUGACGAAAACAAGGAGAAAAAACAAACAAACAGCUGGCCUGCGUUGACAAUGAAACAAAAUGGCUGCUGGUUUGAGUGCCUUGAGUAACACCGUGAUAACCAUCAUCCUCUUUGCAUCGGAUGACUCACUGCCAGACAGACAUUAAGAUGACUAAUGAUAAUGGCACAGUGAUGGUUAGAGGGCGGUCACAGCCAAUGAAUGUUUACAGCUAAAAUGCUAAUAAGCUAAUCGCUCUGGCUCUCUUGUGGGAAAAAGAGGAGCAUGUGGAAUCUGACGCAGAUCUUCUGCUUUGUUGUGCUGUAGUAACUGGAUAGCUUUCUGUGUACUUUGGGGGUUUAAAGUGUAUCUGUUUGUGAAUUUGGUGUAUGCACACUGUAUAACUUUAACUCUGCUCAUGCAUUACACUUGGCUUUAAUGAAAAUGCCAAUGGGAAAAUGUCUUAAACCACUGAUCACAGUUCAGCCACUAUUCUGUUUAUUUUCACUUUAGCUUUUCUGUUAUAAGUGAGCGUCGCAGAAAGUUGUAUUUUAAAAUGCAAGACGGUCUGAUUAAUGUAUGUCUU